CUUUAAAUGUUCAGUACUACUACUUAUUGGACAACAGAUCACGAGUUUCUGUUACCCUUAAAAUGGAAGGAAAAGGACUUGCCCAUAUGCAAUAAUGUCAUUCAUUUUAGGUAUUGAGUUUAGGGUGAAUCUUUAUAAUAUCUUCAAAUUAUAAUCCAUUUACAUGUAAAAUGGUGUCACAAAGCCAGAAAAAGGAAAGAGUUUCUUAAAUCUAUUUAUAUUUAUGCUGUUAUUGAAACUUAAUGAGUUUCAUGUCAAAAUCACAAUUGGUUAAUUCACACGUGUCAUGGGGCACCACUGAAAUUGGAUGCAUUCUAAGUCGUCGGCAAGCUGGGUAAUUUAAUUAGUAGGUAGCACCUACGCGUUUAGGGAAGCCAUUUUACAAGAGGAAAAAAGAGAGUGCGUAAUGCGCAUCACGAGUACAGUAAAGGCUUAGUUCGACUAACGUGCGCCAUUUCCAAACAAAGACGAAGAGGAAGUAAAGGAAGAGAUGGAGGCCGAUUGGAGAGAUAGAAUUCUCUUUCCUUUUCUGGGUAUAAUCUCAUUCACCACUCUUCUCUACUUAAACUUCAGCGACCAGCUCAGCUUUCCAGUUCUAUGGCAACCCAAGAUGGCCUUUGUCGGCACAAACUCAACCCAUUUCGUUGUUGCAGAAGACGACCACGGAGGGAACUAUUCAGAAAUUUACGUUAAUGGGUGGAACUCGUAUUGGUUGAUGGAGAAGAGUAUUUGGGUUUCGUCUCGAUCCAAGGUGUCGAAGAUGCUGAGAAUGGGAGCUCAAAUGGGUUUAACAGUUUGCAGGACUUGGGCUUUCAGCGAUGGUUAUGGGUCCAGUGCUCUGCAGACCUCACCUGGGGUCUUCAACGAAAGAGUCUUUCGGGCCUUGGAUUAUGUGAUCGUUGAAGCGAGGAAGAACAAGUUAAGGUUGAUUUUGAGUCUUGUUAAUAAUCUAAAUGCUUUUGGUGGGAAAACUCAGUAUGUCAGGUGGGCAGAAGAAGCUGGUGUUAAUGUUUCUCAAACUGAUGAUUCAUUUUUCUCACACCCCACUGUUAAGGAUUACUACAAGGCUUAUAUCAAGGCAAUUUUAACAAGAAAAAAUUCACUUACUGGAGUUAAAUACUCCGAGGACCCUGCUAUCUUUGCUUGGGAGCUUAUAAAUGAGCCUAGGUGUUUAUCCAAUUCAUCUGCUCCUGUUCUUCAGGCAUGGAUCACAGAGAUGGCUGCAUAUGUCAAGAGUCUAGAUGAUAAACAUCUUCUGACUGUUGGAAUCGAGGGGUUUUAUGGUCCAAAAACUACUGAAAGAUCUAAAGUGAAUCCUGGUGAAUGGGCAGCCUCACUUGGAUCAGAUUUCAUUCAAAAUUCAGCAGUCGACAACAUUGAUUUUGCUUCUGUUCAUGCUUACCCUGAUAGCUGGAUCCAAAAAGGUGAUUCUGAAGCAAAAAUGAAUUUUCUUUCUCGUUGGGUGGAUUCUCAUAUAAGCGACGGGGAGCAUGUGCUGAAGAAACCUGUUUUAAUCACUGAAUUCGGCUCUUCUUUACGUAUGAAUAAGACACCAGAAGACACAAACCUGUUGUUAAAGACUGUAUAUGAUAGAGUCUAUGAAUCUGCUAAGAAGAGGGAAGCAGGGGCUGGAGCCUUGAUUUGGCAGUUGCUAGUGGAAGGAGUGGACGAAUAUGCUGACCAGUUUUCUCUAGUAGCAUGGGAUCAUCCCUCCAUCUAUAAAUUAAUAACAAGACAAUCAUGCAGACUAAGGAGAAUCUUCUUCAGUGGCAAAACAACUAAGGGACUUCACAAUGAAGAUCCUUGCUAAAGACAGGACUAUAAAAGAACCAUAACAACAAGAAAGUACGAGGUUGCCUGACCUGUGAUCAAUUUGGAAAUUAGCAUCCCUAUUUUAAAAUUGGAAUUAUCUUAAAUGCCCUUGAAUUUUAUUAAUAUAUAUAUUUAAGCUGUAGGGUGUGCAUAACAAGUGAUUUUUUUGGUCAAAAUAAGUGAUAAAAUGUUUUUAGUGUAUAUAACUUGUUUUUGAAAAUUCUGUAACUCUAUGAAGUUGAAAUUAUAUAGUAAUGAAUCCACAACAUCUAUCUUUUGGUUAUGAA